AUGGCAAACCCAGCCCAAUGCUACUAUUGUUUCGAGACUCUCGCGGCGUCCUUCAAAGACCUCGAGCCUCCCAGUCUUUCGACCGUGGAGGAUCUCUGGGAAAGGCACGAACAAUUAAAAAAGCUAGCCGCUUUGCAAGACAACAUGGAUGGCACCAUUGACGAAGACGACGAUCCAAGCAAAUCUGACUACACACCAGCUAUCAAGCCACCAGGUGUCCGCCGGCUUCAGAGUGAGAUGUCGUUAGAUUCUAGCCCAUCGAAUACUCCGUCUGAGUUUUCGAACAAUUCGUCGCACUCGGCCCUAUCGAACUUGACGGGUAACACGACGCCCAGCUCUCAGUCUCUACAGCCAGAGUCGGCAGGUCACCUUGCCCACCGGGAGAAAGUUCGGCGAUAUCCGUUGUUUGUCACGUGGAACACCAUCUCGAAGAGCGGUCACAAGUCUCUGCGUGGAUGCAUUGGAACCUUUGAGGCGCAGGAACUCUCUGCUGGCCUCCAGUCCUAUGCCCUCACUUCCGCUUUUGAUGACACUCGGUUUUCCCCGAUCCCGGAACAGUUGUUACCGUCGCUGUCGUGCUCGUUGACACUUCUGGGAACGUUUGAGCCUUGCACCGACGCCCUAGACUGGACUCUGGGCGUGCACGGGAUCCGUAUCUCCUUCAUCUACCGCGGCAGACGGUACGGCGCCACCUACCUUCCAGACGUCCCGGUGGAACAAGGCUGGACCAAAGAAGAGACAAUCAAGAGCUUGAUGCAAAAGGCCGGCUGGGACGGCGCCACCGAGAACGCCGCGCGGAGGUUCCUCCGAGGCAGCAGCAGCAGCGCCGCUGCAGGCACCGCCUCCACCAAUCCCUGGGACCAAGUUUCGGAUUUUCGUGCUGUCAAGUACCAAGGUCACAAGGCGUCGGCAACCUAUGCGGAGUGGCAGGACUGGCGGAAGUGGGUUCUGUCUCUGGAAGACGGAAGUGACAAGCUUUUGUCUCCGGAAGCCUAA